AUGGCUUCGCCCACGCGCCGUCCUAGGUUGAACAACAUGGUUCCUGUUCCUGUUCCUGCUUACCGUGAGGGUUUUGAUAAUCUUUUCCUUUUGCUGUCACCGCAUGUUCCUAAAAUAAAUGGAGAGAUUCCUUCUGUUGAUGAAGCCAUUUCAGAUCAUCAAAGACUUCUUGACAGGUUGGUUCUGUAUGGUUUGGUUGAUCUCAAGGUUAAAGGAGAUGGUGAUUGCCAGUUUCGAGCGCUAUCAGAUCAAUUUUACCAAACUCCUGAACAUCACAGACUUGUUCGGCAACAAGUGGUGAAGCAGCUUGAAUCGCAUCCUGAGAUUUAUGCAGGAUAUGUCCCUAUGGAUUACAGGGACUAUCUCGGAAAAAUGUCAAAGAGCGGAGAGUGGGGUGACCAUGUUACAUUGCAGGCUGCUGCAGACACGCAUGCUGUCUCUGUUAUGGGUUUGCAAGCUGAUUGGUCGGCGUUGUCAGAAUUGCAUUGCAUGGCUGGUGCCCUAUACGGUGUAAAGAUCUUCAUUCUGACAUCAUUCAGAGAUACAUGUUACAUUGAGAUUCUUCCUGUUGUUGAGAAAUCCAGAAGAGUUAUAUGCUUGAGUUUUUGGGCUGAGGUGCACUACACCUCCAUAUAUCCGGAAGGAGAGUUGCUGGUUUUGGAGAACAAAAAGAAAAGCUGGUGGCCCUUCUAG